AUGAAACGGCACUAUGAAACAAAGCACAAGAACAAGUAUGAUGGCAUCCUUGGUUCGAGCCGCACAGAAAAGAUUGCUAAGUUACGUCAAGAAAUUGGAGGCUUGACGAGAAUAUUUAGCAAGAAAAGACAAGAAAAUGAGGCGGCGGUAAUUGCAAGCUACCGAGUUGCUCACAUUUUCAGCAGAGAAGUGAAGCCAUUUUCCGACGGUGAAUGCGUAAAAAAUUGCUUGCUAGCAGUGGUGGAGGAACUGUGUCCUGAAAAGAAGAAUGCAGUUGAAGCCGUCAGCCUUUCUCGCACGACAAUUGCACGGCGAGUGGAAGAUAUGGGGAAACAUCUGCAGUCAAAACUAAGGGACAAAACAGCACGUUUCGAAAUGUUUUCUAUUGCUGCUUACGAGUCAACCGACUCAUCCGACACCGCUCAACUCUUGGUAUUUAUUCGCGGUACAAACAGCGAUUUUGAACUUACAGAAGAGUUAGCGACCAUGAGGGGCAUGCACGGGAACACCACUGGCGAAGACCUAUUCAAAGAAGUUUCAGCCGAUCUGUGUCGGUGUCUGGAAGCAGCAGACCUCGUCAGUGUCGUUGGUCUUUGUCUCUGCUCUGAGCAGUUGUAUGUGUCCGGUGCACUGCAGGAUGUCCCUACAGAACUGUGGGAAUGGUGGUUGCGAUGUGUGGUUAGGUCUGGAUCUGAAACCGAAAUGACUGUUGAGGUGUACGAGACCCUGGUGGCCAGGUUCUAUGGUACCGCGGUUACGGUGACCAUUCCAUGCAUAUCGCCUCCACGCCUGUGCCUUAAAAUCUUGAAUCAACCUUCGCCCUCCACGACACAGUGUUCUUAUGCUGUUAUUACAUUGUUUCCGGAGCAAGUUCACCUGCUGACCAUGACAUCUCCAAGGGUCAUGUUGGCUGGACCUCCUGGUACAGGUAAAACCUUAGUGUUGCAGCUAAAGGCCACAGAAUGGCUGAGAUGUGGAAGCGAUGUCUUCUUGGUCUGCACCUCGGACAGGUGUGCAGCGUGCUACAGGAUGUACUACCUGCUGCAGCAGACUAUAGAGACACAACUGGCGCCCACUGGGACAUCUGGACAGCUUCACCUUCUGGAGUAUAGGUUUGGAACAAAUAGUGAUGUCGAGAAUGCUGUGAGGGACUUAUCGCAAGCGGCAACUGGAGGAGUGCUGCACGUCAUCGCCGAUCAAAUGGACUCAUUCAGUUCCUACUUACAAGCGUUCCACAAAGAGUUACUGACACAAGUUCCACAUCUUCAUUUCUGGGCGGCAAGCUAUUAUCCCGAGUCUGUACAGUCGAGCUGGCAGGUUCAAAAUUUAACCAGACCCAUCCGCUUUCCGGAGACUGUGAAGAUGGAACUUGAACGUAUAUCGACUGUCGCAGACCAUAAUUCAAAGACUUACAGCCUUCGUGGGGAAUAUAAGAGUCCGCGUGGUCCACCAGUCCAGCGAUUCCCUCUCCCAAAACACAAAGGCAGUCACAGGAGCACGCGAUGUAUCAACCGUUGUGUCACGUGCGGUGAGCACGUGGCAAAGAUCCUAUUGCACGUUCUUGCUGGUGUUCCAGGAAAUAUUACCACAUCUACUGCUAUCGCUCACACCACAAGCGACACAACAUCUGUGCGCCUGCAGUACAGAGACGUGCUAGUACUGCCCAGUAUUCAUGUCAGGUACUUCAUGGACCUGGAGACAGGACUGAGAAAGGCGGGUAUCCCUGUCCGGUACAUGACCAGUGAUAACUGCGAGGACAUCAUCACGGCACGUGAAGACGAGGUGGUAGUUGCAGAUGAAGAAGAUGUUCGCGGUCUUGAAAGAAAAGUAGUAGUCGUCAUCGUUGAUGAGCUUGAAGAUGCUGGAGUUCUUGCCAUAUCCCGGUGCACGUCGCAGCUGGUGUACAUCACCUUCAGAGCCGAAAAGCAACUACAUUACGAAAAGAAAGAUACUAAAGAGAUCCAACAGAAAAACAGAGAGGAACAUGAUGCCUUGGAUAAAUGCCUUAAGAAAGAGGAAGACGAUGUGAAAUCACAAAGCACUUUCUUCGACGCCGAUUGCUCGUGCUACUCAGUUCCGUAUAAAUUCACAGCUGACCUAAGUGUAACACCAAGUUCACAACACAUCGUGGACUCUUUAGAAAACAAUGAUAAUAAUGCAAGGCACAGAAACGAAAACGCUGCUGAGAAAUUCGAGAACCUCGCUCAGUCACCUAUAUUCAGAGAUCAUUGGCAAGACGGUGUCCGCUUCACAACUGAAGGAGGCAGACUACAGAGACAAGGAUCUGAUGUUGUUCUUCAGGUCCCAGCAGGUGCUAUAGAGGACAACAAAAACGUCACAGUUUACUCUGCCAUUUGCACUGAUGACGACUACAUCAAGUACAAACUACAGCUGCCUGCCACAGAAACCAUCGUCAGCCCAUUGGCUGAGUUCUGGGCAGGUCCGGACUUUCACUUCCAUAAACACGUUCAGCUCACCUUGCCUACCUGCCUACCUUCUGAAUAUGACAUCAAUCUUCUCCACGUCUACUGCAUAUCUCAAAAUCCUGAAGGGCAAGUGGAUUUUAGCAAAUUGAAAAGGUUGGAUCAGCUUUCGGAGACUCCGGGCAAUAAGAGUACAGAAGCCUAUUUUGCUGUAAAUGAAGGAGGACGGGUAGAAGUGAUGACGUCGCAUUUCAGUGGGUACGUGUGCACGUACUGUGGCCUGUGUCUGAACAUCGGCCUGGAGGUGUACGAGUCUCACAAGCGAGAAAACGGCUCACUUAACGUCUCCAUUGUAACGCACUUCUGGGACAAGUUGCAUCUUAAAGACUUCAGAGAGACAAAACCGGAGCUCAAUUCAUAUACAAGAGUCUUGAGUUCUACCUUUCAACUCAGGAAGGUCCUGACACCAGCUGAACUGCAAGUGGACCUGAUCAUCGACGAUGAACAAACAAAUCUGUGGCAGUUCAUAGAAACUCUUGUACCCACAACGGUAAAACUUUGUGAAACAUUAUAA